AUGUUGGACCCUCGAACAUUCCCACGUCCACCUGCUUUGCAGCAGAUCAAGAAAAAUAUACUGAUCAAAUUCCCUGGCCCUGAUGGCCAAACCAUUGCUUCUACCGACCGCGCCUAUUGGGUACUUGAGACCUACCACCCGCCUACUUAUUACUUGCCACCAGCUUGCAUCAGAUUAGACUUGACUCCCACAUCUCGACGGACCUUUUGUGAAUGGAAAGGUACCGCCAACUACUUUACCUUCAAAACACCAUCCGGCGACAAGGUAGAAAGCCGCGCUUGGACGUACAAAGACCCAACUCCAACCUUUGCCGACAUCAAAGACUAUGUAUCCUUCUACGCCGACCCACGAUGGGAGUGCUACGUCGACGGAGAACUGGUCGAGCCACAGCCAGGUGAUUUCUAUGGAGGCUGGAUGACCAGCGAUAUCGUGAGACAGUCUGUCAAGGGUGCACCGGGUACCAGGGGCUGGUAA